AUGAACAUAGACGCAUUUACCGCCCUCAAAAGAGUAAAUUCAUUACCCUCUCUUACGUUCCUCUCAAUCACAGAUAAGGAUUUGAAGUAUACCCUGCCGCUCUUACAGCCCGAUACGAUACCCGAAUCGGAUACUAUGACGACCUUAUAUUUGAAUGGGUAUUCAACUCUCGCACAAGGCACAACUUCCUUCGCAUGGGACGAAGAAUACCAAGGACUCCCUGCGCCUAUCCGACCGAUCCCGUCGUCUAUCCUAGCUCGGAUUCGACAAUCAAAGAAUCUACGACUCAUCUUGUUUCCUACAGACCAUGUUGAUGAGCUCAGUCAUGUCGGCGGAGAAUAUCGAUCAGAUCAGGAAGCCCUCAAGACGAUAGGACGGGGUGUACUGAUACGUACUUACACCACUACUGAUCCAUAUGGGGAGGUGGAUACCUGCACUCAUUCCAGGAGUUAUUCUGCUCGUCACACUCACGUUUCUAAUGCUCAAGUGUAUCAUGCUGAGGACGUAUGGGAAGAAUAUACUGACUUCUACGGCAAAUACGUCAAUGCGUCCGUGCUAGGUGAAGUGUAUAAAGUAUCUGGAGAAGAGGGGAUGUGGACGGAAGGAGGAAGAGACUUGCAAAUGCCCGAACAGAGCUGGGAUGUGCUCCGAAAGGGGUAG